UUUCUAAAAGAAAUAGUCUUUGCCAUUACCAGGUCCAGCCGUCCAGGUUAUCAAACUAUAUCAAAAUGCCAUAUGCAGUUAUUGCAGCCAUCAAAGAAUAGAAAAGUUCUCCGUAAGCUCAAGUGGCUAUUGCAUUGCUGUUAAUAGUCAUCAUCCAAAUACUUACGAAAUAGAAUGAGACAUAAAGAGAGGUGGAUACAGUAAUAGUAUGAACACAAGCAUGCAUGAUGGGCCAGAAGAAGAGUUCAAAAGCAGAUUGCUUCAACCACCAUCAAAUGCUGCAGGAUACAGCCACACACACGUUUUGGUUUCGAAAGUGGAUUUCUACAAAACUACGUGUCCAUCUGCGGAGGCAAUAGUGAGAAGAGCUGUAAACAAAGCUGUUUCUCUCAACCCGGGCAUCGCUGCUGGUUUGAUCAGAAUGCACUUUCAUGAUUGUUUUGUCAGGGGUUGUGAUGGUUCUGUACUAUUAGAAUCCACAGCGGGUAACCCAUCAGAGAGAGAGCACCCUGCCAACAACCCAAGCUUACGUGGCUUCGAAGUGAUCGAUGAGGCCAAGGCCCAAAUAGAGGCAGAGUGUCCUCACACUGUGUCCUGUUCUGACAUUCUUGCUUUUGCUGCUAGAGACAGCACCAACAGAGUCGGAGGCAUAAACUAUGUAGUACCAGCUGGACGCAGAGAUGGUCGUGUCUCUAUCAGAGACGAAGCGUCACAACUGCCUCGUCCAACAUUCAACACACAACAACUCAUUAGUAGCUUUGAACAAAAAGGGUUGUCUGCAGAUGAAAUGGUGACACUGUCUGGAGCACAUUCUAUUGGUGUCUCGCACUGUUCCUCCUUCUCCGACCGCUUGUACUCUUUCAAUGCCACGUUUCCUCAAGACCCUUCUAUGGAUCCCAAGUUUGCUACGUCGUUGAAAACCAAGUGUCUGCCUCGGAGUGAUAACACAGUGGUGCUUGAUGCUUCCACGCCUAACCGUUUGGACAACAACUACUACGCACUGCUAAAGAACCAGCGUGGUUUGUUGACCUCAGAUCAGACGUUGUUGACCAGCCCCUCAACGAGACCAAUGGUUCUAACCAAUGCUAAACAUGGUUCAAAAUGGGCACGUAAGUUUGCUAAGGCAAUGGUGCAUAUGGGUUCCAUCCAAGUGCUAACUGGCUCACAAGGCGAGAUCAGGACCCGCUGUAGCGUCGUUAAUUAAUUAACUCUGCACCUGCUUCAUUGAUUCCUUCUCCCAAAACUCACCGGCUAUUGUUUGGUUAAGUUGUUCAUACCUGCAAAUUAAUAAGUACUUUUCUUUCUUCUCGUAUAUCCUUUUUGUUUUGCCACAAAAUAUGAUCGCUUCAUUCUUUUAUUUGUUUUCCUUUGGGAUGUAAUCAUUCUUUUGUUCUCUCACCUUUGUAUUCUAGUCUUCUUGGCCAAUUCAAUUCAAUUGUAUAUUUGUCACGACACGACCAGUCAAAUAAAACGUGGUACUCUGUUUGAGUUAUAUUGUAUUCUUUA